AUGGUAGGACAAUUUAUUGAUACAUUUUGGCGAAAAUCAUUCAUCGGUGAUUUACGCCGAGCUAGAAAAGUCUCUGAAGAUGAUACUGAAUGGACUAUAACAUAUAAUGGUAAAGUUCAUCAAUUUCAAUUUGUUUGGUUACAAGGAAUUUGUGUCAAGAUUCUGACUUGUGAUGGAUACAAAAUAUAUUUUCUAGGUGAUUAUACAAUUAUUGCUGGAAAAUUACUUAAUACAACUUCAUCAGAUCAUAUUAUUGUUAGUGCAUAUAAAAUUCAAUGGUUUAAAACUUCAUCUAAACAUGAACUAAUUUGGCCAUUUGAAGUAGUUGAUAUUAGUCAACGUGUUUAUCAUUAG